AACACAAAGUGACAUUCAACAUAACCUCACAUUUUUGAGAAACAAAAUAAUAAAUUCGAUAAACUCUCCCGUUCGGAUACACCGAAAAAUUAUGUUGAAUUUGAAAAUAAUCGACGUAAUUUAGUGCAACAUCCAGGCCAGACACGAGAUAUCACUUCGAAUAUGUACGAAUUAGUGUCCAGAUGCGUGAUUGUACUGUUCUAUUUCUUCGGUGUAGCUGUGUUCAGCGGCUACAUUCAUAUGGUAAACAUUUUCAAUCAAAUGUACACAGACGGAGCGCCGAGGUACAAAUAUGACUACAUAAUCGUUGGAGCGGGUACUGCCGGUCAAACCAUUGCAGCAGGACUGCCCAGCGAUGAUGUUCUGAUUUUAGAAGCCGGAGGAUACACUACAUCACUGUUAGAUGUACCCAUUUUUACGCCAAUUCUUCAGAAAUCCGAUUUCGAUUGGAGCUACGAAACGACACCGCAGUCGCAUUCAUGUUUCGGACUAAGUCAACACCGCAGUCGAUGGCCAAUGGGCAAAGGUUACGGCGGGUCACAAAUACUGAACAAUAUGAUUUGGAAUAACGGAAAUCCGGAGGACUAUCGAGGAUGGUUUUCAUCGUUGGAAGAGUACAACUACGAAAGGGACAUUCUGCCCUAUUUUCGCGAAUCAGAAAUGGACCACCAGCCAACGAUUCUACAACACAAAACGAAAUUGGCCGAUGCAUUUCUAAACGCCACCAAAGAGUACGGCUACGAUGGCAAUUUCCAAAUCCCAACCCUUACGCAACGUAACGGAAAACGUUGGACAAUGGCACACGAGAACCAUCAGAACGGUCCAAGGAAUCACCACCUGGUGUUGCAUGCAUUCGUGAUGCAUUUAACAUUCGAUAGAACGUCGAGGAAUCGUGUAACCGGACUGGUCUAUGAAAAGAAUGGUUUCGAGUUCGAGGUGUUAGCAACAAAGGCAGUCAUACUAUCGGCAGGCACGAUAGGCACACCACUGAUUUUACUAUCAUCCGGAAUCGGACCUCAGAAGGAUCUUGUAAAUGCUUCGGCAGCGUUCCGCAAAGAUUUACCGGUCGGAAUGAAUUUGCAAGAUCAUGUCACAACUGGCGUUGAUUUGAUUUUAUUGAACGAUACUCUGGGUCUGCGACCGUGGGAAGUAUUUACGUUCGAAUCCAUUUAUCGGUACUUGUAUAAGGGUGAAGGACCGCUCACAAUGAAUGGCUGUGAAGUCAUAGGCUUUAUGAAUACAACAAAAAGUUCAGCCGUUUGGGACUUGGGAUUCAUGGUUCUACCGAUUGGGCCGUCAGCCGAUGCUGGCAUGCAUUUUAAGCAAAUUUUGAACAUAAAAGAGAGUACGUGGAACCAAUACUUCAAUCCGCUCACAUCACAGCAAACCGUAUCCAUUCUACCGAUUGUAUUGCAUCCGAAAAGCCGUGGACAGGUAACGCUGAAGGAUGAUGUGAUACUAAUCGAUCCAAAGUAUUUAUCGCAUGACGACGACGUUGAUGUGAUUGUGAAGGGAAUACGGAUACUGGAGCAGUUAAUUCAAAUGCCCAGCAUGAAACGGUUGGGCGCUGAGAUUAAUCCGAAACCGUUUCCCGGUUGCGAAGACUUUACGUUUGCGUCGAACAAUUACUGGCAAUGCUAUGUGCGACAUUUAACGUUGACCGCAUUCCAUCCGGUUGGUACGUGCAGAAUGGGGGCGUCCGACGAUGCAACGUCGGUUGUGAAUCGUGACUUUCAAGUCAUCGGAAUUGAGAAUUUAUUUGUCGUCGAUGCAUCCGUUAUGCCCAACCUACCGAGUGGCAAUCCGAAUGCAGUGGUCGCAAUGUUGGCAAAGAAAUUCCUAUCGAUUUUCCUACAGAAUCACAGGGAUAAGCCGACCAACUACGACAUUUAAUGUUAUUCGAAGAGUGGAAAAAUGUUUCGCGUUUUCCUGAUAAAUAAAGAAAUGAACCAGACGAGACCUCGCAAAAGCCUUUGAUUAGAAUAAAUUUUUGAUGGGACGA